AUGGAUAAAAAGGAUUGCAGAGUAUACUACAGUUGCCAGGACAAAAUUCACCAAUUCGGUGUAGGUUUUGUCGUGAGCAAAAGACUGAGAAAUACUGUCAUCGACUUCCAGGCUAUUAGCAUGAGACUCUGUAAAAUCAGGAUAAACGGAAAACAUUACAAUACCACCUUAAUAUGUGCUCAUGCACCAACUGAGGAAAAAGAUGCUUCUGAAAAAGAUAUCUUCUAUGACCUGUUGAUGAGAAGCAUUAACUCGUGCCCAGCACAAGACAUGAAGAUCGUUAUCGGAGACUUCAACGCUAAAAUUGGAAAGGAGCAACACCUUAGAUACCACGCGGGUGCUGAAAGCCUGCACUACUACACCAGUGAAAAUGGACAGAGACUCUUUGAUCUUGCAGUCUCAGAGAAUUUGUUUAUUUCCAGCACAGCAUUCCCCCAUAAAGAAGUCCACAAGCACACCUGGCGAUCCCCAGAUGGAUCUACACAUAAUCAAAUUGACCAUCUACUUGUGGACAAGAGACACCGCAGCAAUGUACUUGAUGUGAGAAGCUGCAGGGGUGCAAAUGUAGAUAUGCAUGUACUCGUCGUGUCCAAAGUGAGACUUCGACUUUGUAAAAGUUUUUAUCAAAAGAAGGAAAACAAGGACUUUAAACUUGACAUUUCUAAACUGAAAAAAGACGAAAUUCUUAAAGAGUAUAACAUCAAGCUAUCCAACCGACUUUCUGAAGAAAAAGGAAGACCGAACAUUGUUUUUAACUGGAAUACAAUAAAAGACAUUGUCUUGAAAUCUGCAAGUGAUACUAUUCCAGAACUGGGGCGUCCUUCCAAAAACGAAUGGUUCGAUGAAGACUGCCAUAAGGCAACUGAGGAAAAAAAUAAGGCAUAUAGACUAAUGAUACAGAAACAUCGCACACGUUUCUUUGAAGAACAAUAUAAGAACCUGAGAAGAAUAGAAAAGAAACUACAUAAAGCAAAAAAGAAAGCCUUCUUUGAGAAAUCACUGGAAGAUCUGGAAGCCAUGAAUAACCAAAAUGAAUGUAGGAAGUUUUACAAAAAAGUCAAUUAUAUGCGAAGUGAAUUUAAACCAAGAACUAUUACCUGCAGAAACAACGAAGGUGAACUCGUAAGUGAGCCUCAAGAGGUAACCAAAGUUUGGAAGAGUUACUUCCAAGACUUGCUAGUUGGCAAGGAUGAUAUUUCUGUCCCUCGCAACAACCCAGUAGAUCUAGUCAUACUGAGGGAUGUAGAUAACCCCCCACCUUCAAUCGAUGAAGUGAUAAUGGCUAUUAAAAAACUCAGAAACAACAGAUCGGCUGGUCCCGAUUGUAUCCCAUCUGAGCUUCUUAAAACCGGCGAACCCCAGUUUAUUGAUGCUAUCCAUAAACUCCUAAUUGAAAUCUGGGACACUGAGAAUAUACCCAUUGAAUGGGAAGAAGGUUCCAUCUGCCCUAUUUUUAAAAAAGGAGACCAACUUGAAUGUCGUAACUACAGAGGUAUAACACUCCUCAAUACGGCAUAUAAAAUCUUCUCCAAUAUUCUUUUCAAAAGGCUCCAGCCUUUUGCUGAUAAAGCGGUCGGAAAUUACCAAUGUGGAUUCAGGCCUCAAAGGUCUACCAUUGACCAAAUUCAUACUCUAAGACAGAUCCUUGAAAAAACUAAAGAGUUCAACAUCAGGACUUUUCACCUAUUUAUAGACUUCAAAGCUGCCUACGACAGUAUUAAAAGAGAUAAAUUACUUGAAGCGAUGAACGAGUUCGGAAUCCCUACAAAACUCGUAAGUCUCACCCGUGCCACUAUCAACAAUGUGAGAUGCAGGAUUAAAAUCCAAAGCCAUCUAUCUGAACCUUUCAUUACCGAAAGAGGCCUGCGCCAGGGAGACUCUCUUGCUUGUCUGCUUUUUAACCUGGCAUUGGAGAAAUGCAUUCGGGAUAGCGGAUUAAACCGAGGAGGAUCUAUUUGGAACAGAUCUCUCCAAAUCCUCGCUUAUGCGGACGACAUUGAUAUCAUUGGAAGAUCAGAACGGGCUGUUAAAGAUGCCUUUCAAGCCCUUGAGGCCUCUGCUAUAAAUAUGGGCCUUUCCAUUAACGAAGACAAGACCAAAUUCAUGGAGUUUUCAAGCUCAACUGUAAACUAUAGUGAACCUUUGCAGAUAAACGGACAUUCCUUUGAAAAGGUUAAAGAAUUUAAGUAUCUUGGUACAAUUAUCAAUGACCAAAACAAACUGAAACCUGAAAUUGACAAUAGAAUCAAUAUGGCCAACAGAUGUUUUUUUGGACUAAAAAGUCAACUAAGAUCGAAUUUUAUUAGCCAAAAAACAAAACUAAAAUUAUAUAAGACACUCAUUCUGCCUGUCUUGCUAUACGGAAACGAAACCUGGACUUUAAACCUUGACGUACAACGCCCGAUAGAAACGUUUGAAAGAAAGAUACUUAGAACUAUCUUUGGUGCCAUACCAGAGGGGGGAUGUUGGCGAACACGGUACAACUUUGAACUUUAUGGGCUCUAUAAACAUCCUCAAAUUAUGCAGAUAAUCCGAAGCAACCGACUAAGAUGGCUCGGACAUAUAUGGAGAGGCUCUGAAGAUAGCCCUGUAAAAAUUGCCACCUUCAAGAACCCUCAGGGGUCCCGCUCUAGAGGUAGACCACCUACUCGAUGGCUCAACGACACCGAAAACGACCUCAAAGUCCUAAAACUUAAGAACUGGAGGGGAGUUGCCAUGGACAGAGGGAGCUGGAGAAGGCGUGCUGUUGAGGCAGCUAAGGCCUGCAAAGGGCUGUUGCGCUCCUGA